AUGAUUGUACAGAUGCGUAUCCUGAUAAGUCUGCAGAUUCUGUGGCUGAACUCCUGUACAAGACCGUGUGCAGACUUCAUCAACACUAUAAUUGACAAUCUUAUGACCAAGCUGGGAACUGAGCACAGAGUCAGUUCACCAUACCAUCCUCAGACCAAUGGACAACGAGAGCGAGACAACAGGACCCUUAAGAAUGCCCUCUCAAAGCUUGUCAACGACCGUGGAGACAACUGGGAUGUUUUUAUACCUGGAGAUCUGUUUGCCCACCAUACAUCUGUACAUGCAUCAACCAAGAUGACACCAUUUGAAUGCAUGUACAUCAGAAAGGCAAAACUACAGAUGGACAUUAAGGACUCUCCAAAGCCAAAAGAAGAUGUGAUCAGGCAGAACCUGCGACAAAACAUCACAUCAAAAGUCAGCAACAAUAUUACAAAGGCCAAGAAGAUUCAGAAGGAACAACAUGACAAGCUCACCAACAGUCAUCAUGAGUUGGAGCUAGGGACAAGCGUCUACCUGAAGAAUUCACGUCGAAUCAACAGAAUUGGAGCUAAGCUUGAGCCAAGGUUCCUUGGACCAUAUUAA